GCUUGUACACUGCAGGCCACACCUUAAGCGACACCACACCGAAAAGCUCCCUAUAUCGAUUCAAUUUUAAUUGAUUUUGGCUGGAUAUUACUGCGUUCGAAACAAUCGUAAGCGUAGCUAUGAAUUGUUGUGAGCGACCGAAACUUUCGGAUCUGAAGCUGACUUGCAGGGACCCCAGUGUGUUCCACCGCACACAGUGGUCCAAGUUACCGGCAGUCGUCUUCAUAGCGUACCGUGUGGUCCUGGCCCUCUACAUCCUUGGUUUCUACAUAGCUCUAGUGGUAGAGGGGCAGUCAAAUGGAGGCUACAAUUUGAUUUUUCUCACCAACGUUGCUUUCAUCGUCUUCGUUGUUUACUUGCUGGUUUCCGGCCUCGUUGCUGUUACCGAUGGGUGCAUCUUGCGAAAGCGAAACAAUGAGGAAAUGGGCAUCCGUCACGUGAUCCACUGGCUCCUCUUCAACGUGACCAUCAACGCCAAUUUCAUUAUCAGCAUCAUCUACUGGGCGGUCCUCUACAACUCUGCGCGCUCUGGUUUCUUCUACAAUUUCCACGUGCACGCGGUGACCAGUAUCGUAUCCAUGAUAGACCUCAUCGUCACUGCGAUUCCAGUACGGCUCUUUCACGGCAUCUACCCAGUCGUGUUUCUGUGCACCUAUACGGUGGUGACGCUCAUCUACUGGGCUACGGGUAACGGCACUGUUUACCCCUUCCUAGAUUACGACAACAACCCCGGCCUGGCCGCGGGAGCGAUUGUCGGCAUCUUCGUUGCCGUCUGGGCCAUGCAGGGAUUCAUGUGGGCCAUUUACAAACUCAGGAUGUGGUUUUGGAUAAAGUGUGAGGGGCAGGACUCCAUAUUACAGCCUGAUCAAGAACAGGACAGACAUGAAGAAGGUCUUUAAAUCAGAACUUAGUACGGCUAUACGACUACCAAUUUCGAGUUGAAAUAGUGAUUUUUUUUUACGACUGCGGGGGCCAACCAUUUUUUAAGGGUGCGUCACCAUACCCCC